GCUCGGCCGCAGGUUCAGUCGGCGGCAGCAGGAGAAGGUCAGCACUCACUGGAUCCAGCAGUAAUGUCCUCCAGGCCCAAUGGGAGUCCACCUCCUUAUGAGGAGGAGAAAGGAUACAGUGUUGCUGCGUCUCAGCCGGCCUAUUCUUACUACCCCGAUGAUGAGUUCCAGCACUUCUAUCGCUGGACGUCCCCCCCGGGCAUCCUGAAAAUCAUGGCCAUCCUCGUCAUCGUGUUGUGCGUGGCCAUAUUUGCCUGCGUUGCCUCAACGUUGGCGUGGGACAGUCAGGGAGUCAUGGCUGGCUAUGGGGGCAGCUACGGUGGAAGCUACGGAACCAUGAGCGGCGGAUACAACAGUUUUGGAGGCGGUGCAUAUGGAGCUGGAAACAACUAUGGCUACGGCUCACUCGGAGGAAACUACAACGACCCCCGGUCAGGCAAAGCGUUCAUGAUUGUAAUGGCAAUCAUUGUGGGCAUAUUUGUCCUGGUGGUCUUCAUCAUCAUUGUGUCUCACAAGAGCCUGUCGGAGAGCAGGAAGUUCUACUUGGCUGUGGUGAUCAUCUGCGCCAUCCUUGCACUGUUCAUGCUCAUUGCCUCCAUUGUGUACUUGAUGGCAGUAAACCCCACGGCUCAAUCAACUGGGUCCAUUUAUGGCAACCAGAUUGCCGGUCUGUGUGCUCAGUACCAACAACCACAGUUGUCAGGAGUGUUUGUGAAUCAGUACCUUUACCACUACUGUGUGGUGGAGCCACAGGAGGCCAUCGCCAUCGUGUUCGGCUUCCUGGUGACCGCCGCUCUGAUCAUCAUGCUCGUCUUCGCGCUCAAGACUCGUCAGAAAAUUCAAAGCUUUGGCAAGAGCAACAUUUUCUGGAAGAAAGUGAAGCCUGUAGAUGACAUUGGACCACCUCAGGGGACCUCAGUGGAGGCGUGGGUGAACGACGUGUCUGCUGUUCCUCCGGCUGCUUUGGUGGCGGACUACCCCGAGAAGCUGCGCGGCUCCAGGAGCUACCUGGACGAUGAGACCAUUAGUUACGACAAACCUCCCGUCAGCUACACCCCCCUACCUGUUGUCGAAGAUCGGCCCGUGCAAAGUGCCACUCCUUACAGCGCUAACUCUGAGAUCACAAGUUCAGCAGGACGUCCCAAAAAGAGGCGUCCAGGCCGUCCUCGCCGCACUGAUGGGCAGGAUUACGACACGGAUUAUAACUCCUCUGGUGACGAACUGGACGACAACGACUUUGACGGUGAGUUCCCUCCGAUAAAAAACGAACAGCAACGCAACGACUACAAGCAUGAGUUUGACCGGGACCACCAGGAGUACAAAGACCUGCAGGCAGAACUGGACACCGUGAACAAGAACCUGUCGGAGCUGGACAACGAGCUGGACCAGCUGGAGGACGGAAGUCCUCAGUACCUGGACGCUCUGGAUGAGUACAACAGGAUAAGGAGCCUCAAAAAGUCUUCAGAUUAUCAGGUGAAGAAGCGGAGGUGUAAAUAUCUGAAGCAAAAACUGAACCACAUCAAGACGCAGGUCAAUAGUUUCGACCGCAUGGCCUGAACGAGACCAUUAGGACGAACCGUCGGUCCUGCAGGGGACGUUAGGACGAACCGUCUGUCCUGCAGUGGACACGAGGACUCUGUAAAAUCAGACUGGCAUUUUUGGACGAAGCCCUGAAGAUCCAGCCGACAUACGCAGGUUAAUCCACGCUGGUUGUCUUUAAGCAGCCGAGAAACAAUCGUGUUUUGUAUUAUACCACGGUUUGUAUUAGAAGUCUGUUUUUUAUAUUUAUUUUAUUUUAACAGACACAGCAGUCCAAACUGACUGCAUUAAUAGGAGCAUUUAGAUAUUUUCAAUAGUUUUUGUUUUCUUAUGUCUUUUUUCAUUUCCUGUCAUGUAAGCAUGUAAAUAUUUACGGGAUGGGGCGACACAUUUUACUGUUUUCUUUAUUGUUGGUUUAAAUGAUUCUGAUGGUUUGAUGCAUUUGAUGAUUUUUGACACUAAUUUGGCUGCAUUUUUACUGUAAUAAAUCUUUUAUUAAAGCUGUUUCAGGA